GAAUUCGUUUAGUCAAAAAUAUAACCCAUAAAUUGCGCAAGUACACACACACACACACACAUAAUAUAUAUUUAUGUAGCCUCCAAACUCACAUAACAUCAGACACAAACACACACACACAAUGGAUUGGUUCUCAUGGCUGUCCAAAACCGAUCUUGAUCCAACACUAAGCUACGAGUAUGGACUCAUCUUCGCCCAAAAGAAGCUCCGAAGUGAAGACAUCGCUCUUUUCAACCACAACUAUCUCCGGCGACUUGGCAUUAAUGUAGCUAAACACCGAGUAGAGAUUCUUAAACUCUCAAAGAGAGAAACAAAAGCACUCAGUUCCAAUCAUCCUCGUCCUGUCUCGGCCAAGCUUAUCUCUGUCGUCAUCAAAGCUACCAAAAGUGUCGGCGAUCGCUUAAACAAGUGGCUUUCUCUAGGAGGAACCGCCGUGGUUAAACCAUUGAAGGAGAAGCAGUCGCCGUCGCCGCCAGCUUACCGUUCCGGCACGUUUUUGACUGGUAACAACAAUAAAGUCAAUGCUGAAAAAGCUGACGUACAAGUGGAGAGAUUACCUGUGAUCAAGAGGAAAAGGAUUGCAAAAUCUGGACCGUUGGAUCUAAAACAUGGAAUGCAAGAGAAAAUGACGUUAGUAAGCAACAGAAGCAUGAACCUAUCAGGACCAUUGGAUCGAAGUGUCCAAGAAAGACUCAUACUAGCUUAUAGAAGUCCUGUUGUGUCGGGACAGUUAGAUGGGAACUUAAACGAACGGUUGAGAUUAUCAGGGCCGUUGAAGGGAAGACCACCAAGCCCAAGUGUGUAUGUGGAGUACAAUAAAAGAUUCGAUGAUACACAAUGGGAUGCUAUGUUUCAUAAUUUGAAGCCAACGUAGAUCACUUAUAUGUGGGUAUCUAUACAACUAUAUAUUACUUCUGGUCUUAACUACAUGUAGUUUUAAAUUAUAUUUUGUUUUUCUUCUGUUUCAUGUGAAAAUACUUUUACAAUAA